CAGGUACAAAUGCUAAAUGCCUUGUUGAGCUCAACCCACAGCGAGCUGUUGUGAAGUACGGCAGCUCUGUUUCAGUGGACUGUAGCACUCAUGUCGCACAUAAUAGGAUCGGGUGGGAAGCCAGUGAGGGAUCAGUGUCCAAGAAGAGAGACCAGAAUCUGAUCACCUGGAGAGUGCCGAGCCUGACACGAUGGGACAUACAGCCAAUGUGCUAUAUGAACUAUGACAGAUCACAAUGUGAAAGAUAUCUUCAUAUCACUAUUUACAAGACUCCAGAUAGCGUAUCCAUCAACACAGCUGAUCACACAGGACCGAUGACUGAAGGCUCCAGAUAUAAACUUCAGUGUGAUGUUGUGAAUGUGGCUCCUGUUCAGAAUCUCAUUGUGAAAUGGUAUAAAGGAGAAACUCUGAUGCAUAAUGAGACCUUCACAGACCCCAUCAAGACACCAGUGAAUAAAACAUCUAUACUUCAGAUCACUGCAGACAGAAGUGAUGAUGGAGUUCAGUACAGAUGUGAAGCAGAGCUGGAACUGGGGGCAGAAGGACCUCAACCUCCUCCAGCAGUGACAUCAGAACAUAUUCAGACGGCAGUAAUAUACUCACCAGAACACAUCAGUUUAGUGCAGACCAUCGAAAAAAAAGAUGGAGAGGUUAGUCUGAAUUGUUCAGUGGCUGCAAACCCGUCUGCUACAUACACCUGGAACUCAAAACAUCUGAAAGAGACGAGAACCUCAUCAGUGCUCUCAUCCUCUACAUUGAGUACAGGAAACUACACGUGCACUGCCAGAAACUUUCUAGGAAACUCUAGUAAAGUGUUUAUCAUCAAUUCUGCAGGCAGCCGCCAGACUGUAGAUCAGUUGAGGGAUCUAUUUUCUUUAAAAUUGUCGUCUGUUACAUGUUUUCUGAACGCAUACAACAUGUUUCAAUGUUUUUUUGGACUUUUUUGUCUCCCAGCCUUUGGUCUUUUAGUGAGUCUAACAGCAGGUACAAAUGCUAAAUGUCCUGUCGAGCUCCAUCCACAGCGAGUUGUUGUGAAGUACGGCAGCUCUGUUUCAGUGAACUGUAGCACUAAUAUCACACAUAAUGGGAUCGGGUGGGAAGCCAGUGUGGGAUCAGUGCCCAUGAAGACAGACCGGAAUGUGAUCACCUGGAGAGUGGCAAGCCUGACACGAUGGGACACAACAGCAAUGUGCUAUAUGAACUAUGACAGAUCACAAUGUGAAAGAGAUCUUCAUAUCACUAUUUACAAGACUCCAGAUAGCGUAUCCAUCAACACAGCUGAUCACACAGGACCGAUGACUGAAGGCUUCACAUAUAAACUUCAGUGUGAUGUUGUGAAUGUGGCUCCUGUUCAGAAUCUCAUUGUGAAAUGGUAUAAAGGAGAAACUCUGAUGCAUAAUGAGACCUUCACAGACCCCAUCAAGACACCAGUGAAUAAAACAUCUAUACUUCAGAUCACUUCAGACAGAAGUGAUGAUGGAGUUCAGUACAGAUGUGAAGCAGAGCUGGAACUGGGAGCAGAAGGACCUCAACCUCCUCCAGCAGUGACAUCAGAACAUAUUCAGAUGACAGUAAUGUACCCACCACAACACAACAGUUUAGUGCAGACCAUCGAAAAAAAGGAUGGAGAGGUUAGUCUGAAUUGUUCAGUGGCUGCAAACCCGUCUGCUACAUACACCUGGAACUCAAAACAUCUGAAAGAGACGAGAACCUCAUCAGUGCUCUCAUCCUCUACAUUGAGUCCAGGAAACUACACGUGCACUGCCAAAAACCUUCUAGGAGACUCUAGUAAAGUGUUUAUCAUCAAUUCUGCAGUGUCCGGUGACAGUUGCUCUCUAGAGAUAUCUCCCUCGAGAGUAGUUGUGAGAUAUGGGGAUCCAGUGUCAGUGAGUUGUGUGGCUUCUCGUCCGGUACGCGUGCUGGGAUGGGAGUCAGUCAUUGGUGCAUCGCAUACACAACAUGACCAGAGCGUUCAGUGGCGGGUUGAUAGUUUGAAUGACUGGAUUGAGGAACCGAUCUGCUAUGGCGUGUUCUUCACUGCACCUAGACAGUGUGAAGAAAAACUAAACCUCGUUCUAUACAAGAAACCAGACAGCGUCUCUAUAAGUUUAGUGAAUCACACCAGUCCAGUGGUGGAAGGAAGAGAGUACCAGCUACAGUGUGAGGUGCACAACGUUGCCCCUGUCCAGUACCUUGCUUUACGCUGGUACAGAGGACAAACUGAGGUUUACAACCACUCCUUCUCAGAGUUAACACCUGCUACACCAGUGCAAGUCUCAUCCACCCUACUGAUAGUCCCAACAAGAGGUGAAGAUGGAGUUCAGUACAGAUGUGAAGCAGAGCUGGAACUGGGAGCAGAAGGACCUAAACCUCCUCCCACAGUGACAUCAGAAGUUCUCAGCAUUAAUGUUCAAUAUCCCCCUGACUUCCCCAACCCUGGCGAGGAGAUACUGGACAUCAGUGAUGGUGGAGAAGCAGUGCUGAAUUGUGUUGCUGUGGGCAACCCCUCUCCUGAGUACACCUGGACCUCCUCAAACCUUCAGGAGGUUCAUGAUCAACAAGUUUUGACGGCGACAACUUUAGGCCCCGGGGCUUAUACAUGCACCGCAUCCAAUAUCCUCGGGAAAAAGAGCAAAGAAUUUAUCAUCAAGCACAAAUCCAAAGGUGUUUAAGUCUAUAGACCGUCAGAACAAAUGGAAGAUGCACAAAUUCACCCGGUGUGCUCAGGACUUUCUGAACACGGAGGUUCAAAAUCUAGCUUGACUUUAGAACAUAGAAGGUUUUUAUUUGCCUGAUGCCUUAUUUACAUUUACGUUAUGUUUAGGACUCUCUUUUUUCAGGGGUUUUGUAAAAUGUGAGAGUCAAUCCUAUACAGUAUAUUUGUAAGGUGUAAAAACAGUUUUCCUAGAAAGAGCUAUUUUAACAGUUUCAACUGUGAUGAUUUAAACAUUGUAUGUUUGUUUUAUAGAUAUUAAUUCACAUAAUAAUAAAAUAAUAUAAUGAACAUAGUAUGAUUCUGAAUUUUUGUUCCUGAAUGCCAAUAAACAUUUAAUUUUACA